AUGGUUGGCGAUCAACUAUGCGUGUCUCCGCCGGGGGAUACGUACGUCGAUCCCCCCGAGAUCACCCUAGCGCCCACAACGGCUAUAACACCAGCUCCGGUGCCCACCGAUGUCGCCCAGGGCACCAACGAGCGGUGCGGUAAGUUCUAUCAAGUGCAGCCGGAUGAGUACUGCAACCUGCUGGUGGUGCGAUUCAGCAUCUCGCUGGCAGAUUUCUUCUUCCUCAACCCCAGCCUUUACCAGAACUGCACGAACCUGUUUGCUUAUGAAAGCUACUGUAUCCAAGCUGUCGGUGAUAUCGAUACAUACUCAGGGAGACCGGGCUGGCGGCCCACCGACAUUACCACCAUUCCCUUCACCUCAGCUGUCCCUGAAACUCCGGCUAGCACCACGUCCAAAAUUGUUAAUUUACCGACGCAGCUCCCGCUUGCUCCCGGUACGCGUACAGACUGCUAUCGUUACUUUGACGGGGCGGAAUUCCAAUCCGCCGGCGCCAUUGCGGGAACGUCUUGGGUCAAUCAAUGCCAGCGAGUGGCUGAUCUCUACGGGGUUUCGUACGCCGAUUUGGCUCUGUGGAAUGCCGAUUUGGCCAAUUAUACAACGCCAGAUUGCGCCUUUGACGCGAAUCGAAGGUACUGUGGCAAACAGUACUUGGGGGAGCCUGUUCCUGAGGUUGCGGGCCCCAGUUAUGAGUUUCCCAUCAGGGCCGGGCCGCCGGGACCAACUCAUUCGGGACAACCAUCGAACUGCAAUAAAUGGCAUCUCGUGGUAAGCGGCGACUCGUGCGGCUCCGUGGCAGCUGACUACGGCAUCAGCACAGCGCAAUUCUUCCAGUGGAACCCGGCCGUGUCGACGGACUGCGUGACGAACUUCUGGCUGGGGCAGGCGUAUUGCGUGGGCUCACGGCCCCACGACAACAACCACCGCCCCGGGCAUCCCGUCACCUACUCAAGAAGGCAACGCCGUGGAAAAUUGUAA